AUGGGAUCUGAGAAGGCGUUGCCGGUUUUCGUGCAACCUCCAGAACUUCAUAUAAUUUUGUCGAGACCUGAAUCCUUCCGCCAGCUUCUGACGGUUCUAAACCCAUUCGACUUUGUUCUCCAUUAUAAAGGUCGGGACUCUCGUUCCAUUUACUGUUAACUUAAUUUUAGUUUUGAGUAAUGCCCCUCACAAAUUUAAAGUGCAUGAAUCGAGCGGAUUUGUGAAACCAAAAUGCUUUGUGGAUGUUAUGAUACGUCACGUCUUACCGACAGAAAGUCAUGAACAAGAUGUACUGAGAGUCGAGAUUUACAGAGAAGGCGAGACAAACGUAUGUGAGGCUCUUUUGCCAUGAAAAAUCGUUAUAGGCUUGUGGCCGUAAAGAUGUUUCGGUUGUCGUAUCUCAAACUGAAGUUGUAACACGGUCUUCAAUGGAAUUUCGGCAUUUCAGCGAUCAAACCCGCCCAGCUAGACAUCGAACCGACCGAUUCCGAGAAGACCGGGAACCCCAGAGUUUCAUGUGGUUCCUGAUCCUGACGUGUGCAGUUUCUGUGGUGACUGUGAUGCUUCCUUCUUAUUCACAAGGCUCUUCCAACUCCAUUAUCCCCACAUAUCUCCAUCCAACUCAAAAUCUUCAACUGGUAGCGGCCUAUGUCCUUGGAUUAGCCACCAUGCACUUAUUGGCUCGGCAGAAUGUGUAA